AUAAAAUUAUUGUCAUAUGCUCAUGAGCUAAUAAUUUGACUGAUAGAAAUAAUCUCUUAAGAGAAUCAAUGCAGGAUAAGACUGUAUACUAAAGAUCGUUAUGAUCAAAUCUUUUCUUGAGCUUCCCAUAUAAGAUAAGUUUUUAGAGCAUCAAAUGGUUCUUUUUUAAUGUUAUUUCAUAUUUCAACAACUCUGUCAUGUGAUUCACGCUAGUUAUCUUUUCAGUGAUAUGAUAUUUUAAAGAUUUUUUUUGCAACUACUCCAUUAUAUGCACCUACUACACCCAAACUUUUCCUCAUAAAACCAUAAGCUUUUCAUUCCACUUCCUCCUUAGAAAAAAAAAUGGAAGAAAUUCAAAUCAUCUCUACUUGUUUAGUUAGAGCAUCUUCAAACUCAAACAAUGGUGGCAACAAACACAUUUCCCAAAAUAUUGAAAUGACACCAUGGGAUUUACAAUUCCUCCUUGUUGAGACUAUUCAAAAAGGUCUCCUUUUCAAGAAACCAACUCCACAACAACAAAACAACUUGGUCAAAUCACUCAACUCUCUUUCUUUAGUUGACCAUUUGAAAGCCUCGCUUGCGCGCACCUUAGACUUUUUCCCUCCACUAGUGGGGCGUUACUCCACUACCAAAAACCCUAAUGACAACACAAUUACUUCUUUUUCAAUCACUUGUAAUAACUCUGGAGCUGAGUUCACUCAUGCCAUUGCUCCAGAGCUAACGGUAAAGGAGAUUCUUGAAUCUUGUUACGUACCAACUAUAGUACAUUCCCUUUUCCCACUCAAUAAAGUUCGUAACAUGCAAUGUGUUACGAAGCCUCUCCUUGGAGUACAAGUAACCGAGCUCGUAGAUGGUUACUUUAUUGGUUGCACUAUGAGUCAUAGCCUCGGGGACGGGACUUGUUUCUGGCAUUUCUUCAAUUCUUGGUCCGAAAUAACACGUGGAUUUGAGUUAAUUAGUCAAUUUCCGGCUUUAGAAAGAUGGUUUCCUCAAAAUAUAAAUCCACCAAUUUACUUCCCUUUAGAAUUGGUUGAUGAAAAAUUAUAUGAGUGUAUAGAUAUGCCAAUAUUGAAGGAAAGGAUUUUUCAUCUCAGUAAAGAAAAUGUGUGUAAAUUGAAAGCAAAAGCUAACUCUGAAAUGGAUACUAAGUCCAUUUCUUCUCUACAAGCUUUCUUGGCUCAUCUAUGGAGGUCCGUUACACGUUGUAAUUGUGUCAAUGCCAAUGAAGAAGUCACUCUCAACAUUAUCGUUGGCACAAGAACAAGGCUAAAUCCGCCUCUACCUCAAGAGUACUGGGGAAAUGCAGUUAUUUUAAAGUCAAUCAAGGUAAAAGCAGGGGAAUUGCUCGAAAAUCAACUUGGAUUUUCAGCAUUGCAAAUAAAUAAAGUUGUUGUUUCACAAAACUACGAAGAAGUGAUCGAUUCAUACAAAGGAUGGGUUGAAAAACCCGUGAUGUUUAGUAAAAAAUUACUUCUUAUGGCUAAUAAAUUAUCAAUUAGUAGUUCUCCAAAAUUUAGCGUUUAUAGUUGCGAUUUUGGUUGGGGAAAACCAGUGGGAGUGAGAAGUGGAAUGGCGAAUAAAGGCGAUGGGAAAGUUACAUUAUUUCCUGGGGUUGAAGAAGGAAGCGUAGAUAUUGAAGUUUGUCUUUUGACUUCAACGUUGUUAGCAAUGGAGAAUGAUGAAGAAUUCAUGGAAUUCGUCACCGUUUAGACAAGACUAUGACAAAAAAAGUCACUCAACUUUACCUAAGUAUCAGGAAAAUCGAGACAAGUUGUAUUUUUAUAAUGAAAUAUUCUUCUAACUUUAUCGAAUAAAGUAUCACAUAAAGUCAUUAGAUGGUGGAAUUUGCCUUGA